AUGGACCCGAAGGCGGCCGCGGAGGGUAACUCUGAGAGCGCUGUUGAUAGAGAGAAGGGGGCCGAGGGCGCGAUGGGAGCCAAGGGCGGGCUGGGGGCGGGAGGGAGGAUUUUCGGGCUGCCGACGGUGAUGGUGGCGUGCCUGUGCUACUGCGCGUCCUCGAGCAGCAUGGUUUUAGCGAACAAGUUCGUCCUGUCGUCGUUCGACUUCCACUGUCCGAACACCAUCAUUCUGGCCCAAUGCCUCAGCUGCCUAAUUCUAGUGAAAGCGUGCGAGGGGCUGGGCUAUAUCAGGCUCGAGCCCCUCAAGUACGAACUGAUGGCGAUGUGGGCGCCGGCCAACGUCGUCUUCGUCUGCAUGCUGCUCUCGGGCUUCUUUGCCCUGAAGCACCUCAACGUGGCCAUGGUCACCGUGCUCAAGAACUGCACCAACCUCCUCGUGAUCACCGGCGACUACUUCUUCUACGGACGGACAUACAGCAGCAAGGUGUGGGUGUCGCUGCUGUUGAUGAUCGCGUCGGCGAUCGCGGGCGGCGCGACGGACCUCGAGUUCAACGCGCUGGGGUACGUCUGGCAGCUGAUCAACUGCUGCUUCACGGCGGGGUACUCCCUCGUCCUGCGCGGCGUCAUGGACCGCGUCAGCGCGCACACGCGCUCUGGCGGCAAGCUGGACGAGUUCUCCAUGGUGCUCUACAACAACCUGCUGUCGGUGCCGCUCCUGCUCCUCGUGAUCGUGUUCUUCGGCGAGGCCGCGCAGCUCCCGCACCAGGGCGCGCUGCAUGAGCCCACGUUCCUGCUUGCCGUGCUGGCCACCGGCGUCCUCGGGUUCGCCAUCUCCUUCGCAUCCCUCUGGUUCCUCUCCACCGCCACGCCGACCAUCUACUCCCUCACGGGCUCCCUGAACAAGAUCCCGCUGGCGGCCCUGGGCAUCUUCCUGUUCAACGUGCAAACGUCGGCCGCGAACCUCGUCAGCAUCGCCAUCGGUCUGUCCGCGGGGAUCGUGUUCGUCCAGGCGCUGCAGGCCAGCAAAGCAAAACAGCAAGCCUCCGCGUCCAACAAGGUCAGCAGGGUCUAG